AUGAAGGACAGCAGGGACUAUAUACGGCGUGUGUGGAGCCUCGCGGAGGGUAUGGUGGUGCAGAACGGCCAGCCUCUACAUGGGUUUCUUCUUCUGCAUCACGUCUUGACACAGCCACCGCCGGUUCUGCGCCGUGCGAGCGGAGCGACGGCGGGCAAAUCGAGUACCAGCAGUAGAGGCGAGGCAUCAAGCACAGCCGCGCUGCCCACAGCGACUACGUCCAAGGAUGCACUCCCACUGCACGUCACCGCCUUUGAUGCCGAGUGGAAGUGCGAAGAACUUGUCACGCGGCUGCGCGCCGCCGAGUAUCUUUUGUUUACAGACGUGCCUGCAGUGUGUACAGAGGUGUCAUCAACAAGUGCCACCUCGCCAGCCGCACCCGCUCUGCGUACACUCAGCUGCUCCGCCGGUCUAGAGGCGCUGGAGCUGGCAGAGCAGGUACUGGCGCCUGUCUUUGCAUCGACGUCUCUUUUGGUGUCGACUGACACCGUCCCUGGAGCCGCCCUGCUGCCGCCGUGCCAACAGACGUCCUCCACAAGACCCUUGUGGUAUCAAUCCUACCGCACUUCAAAUAGCGCUGCAGGGGGUGGCGGCGGGGGCGGAGGCAGCCGUAGCGCCUCUCACAUCCUCGAAGACGUGCUGCAAGAGGUGGCGGACGUCAGCCGAAGCUCCGCCGCUGCAGGCGCCCGCUCGUCCUCUGCCUCCACAACAGACGCUGGUGGCAUCAGCGCGGGGGUACAGUCUCGGGUGGCAAGCAUGUACUUCCUCAAUCAGGCCACCGUCACAGCCCUAGCCUGGCCACUCUCCAGCUUUACGUUGGCCUGGCCGGUGCGCGACGCCUCUGUGGAUGGAGCAGAGGGGUUGUAUGGUGCAAGCGAGGACAGUGGACAGCAUCUCCUGUCCGCCCCUCUCGUAUUUGGGCCGGCCAGUGAAACCAUAACGAUUGCGGUCUCGCUCGUCGUACGCGCCCAUGUGCUGCAGGCGCUCAUAUGCCACCGACGCGCUCAGCACAAGCGCGCGCUACAGUGUCUGGCAGAGGCGCGGCAGUGGCUCGCGCAGCAGUACACCGAUGCCGCACGUGCCCGAACGGUGCGGCUCUUGUGGGAAGACCUGCAAGAGCGCUGGAUGCCGCCGAGUCCGAAGCAGCAGCAAAGUGCCUCAGGCACAUCCGCAUCGCUGCCAGUGACUACAACUUCCGCAGUCCAGCUGCCUCUCCUGCCUGCCUUCGAUCGCCUGAUCGGGCGGUUGAUUGCCGAAGAGGGACGUGCCUGCGCUGCCAUGAUCCAGGUGGAGGAGUGCAAGGUACACUACGCUAUCCUGCAAGCGUGUGGCUCGCUACCGCCACUCUUGCCGCUGCCGCUGCGAACUUCCUCAAGUGCCGUAGUAUCCUCACUCGCAGAUGCCAGUGCCCAGAUGCAGGCACGCACUGCCGACCUGCGUCUGCAUUACCGGCGCUAUCAAGAGAGCCUCCAGCUUCUACAUCAGUUAUCGAGAGUUUAUAUGACAGUGGUGCGGUGGGUAGAAGAAGAGGAACAGGAAGGCGUGAUGGGGGCGAAUGUGACAGCCGGGCCGCCUCCGAGAGGGAGUGUGGACGCGCGGGAGCAAGGCGUGGCGUGGCGUGAGGCGCUGCGGUGCGUUCGUAGUCGAUUGAGCCCGUUCUGCCUCUCUGCGCUGCACUGCACCUGCGACCCGUCUACUCUAGUGCCACCGCCUGGCGUUGCCACGGCGACCACCACGGCAGCUACCGCCGGCGUCGCCCCAUGCUACGCGCUCGGCUUCGACAUCCGGCUGGCCGCGGAGGCUCUGGGCUUGUACCACUGUCUCAGCUAUGUGUACCUGCUCUGCCAGAAGUCCGCCGCGACACCCGCGCCGCAGCCGCUCUCCGCGGUGCAUCACGGUGCGCUCUCUGCCGUCGACCUUAUGGCGCGAAGCACCGCCGGCGGCGGGGGUACAGAGCCGCAACCCGUCAACAGCGGUGCCAUGGAGGCAGGCACGAAUGUUAGGAAUGCGAGUCAAAGAGGCGACGCGUUUGAGGAGGCAAAGGAGUUGGCCUUCCUGCAGCGCUACCGCAGUGACUCGACCUACACGGCCCUCUUUGGCAGUCAUCAAAUCCGUCCUUCGGCACGGGAGGCGUUUUCCCCCUUCAACGCGGUGCUCGGCACGGACGACGCAGACGCCCGUGCCGUCAUCCACGAUGUGGUGCACCGCGCGGUGGAGCACGCUACGGUCAACCUAUUUCUCUUCGGCAGGUGUCUCUCGGGUGGCACCGCUGUAACCACAACCUCCGGCACACCAGCAGUCGUCAAUACAAACGUUAAGGCGGAGAAGAGGCGGAAAGCGGAGGUCACCGACAACGACGACGACGAGGACGGUGGUGCGCGCGACCAAUGUAAAGGUGUGCAAGCUGCCCCGCUCCUCGGUUGGCGUGCGCCGGCAGAUGCUACAGCACGAACGACACCGGACAUCGCGCACGAAGCUGCACUGUUGUGGUGCCUCGUGGAGUUGGGCUUACGGGACAACUUUCCCGUUGUCAUUCGAUUCCAGCGGGAGCUGAGCAAUGCUCUGUCGCUCCUCUCCGCCUCAUCGCGAGUCACCGACGUUACGCGGUCCUCUGGCGAAGGUACGGCAAAGAAUGUCUCUGCGCCCGCUAAUCUGCCCAAAGAAGCUGUCGCAGGUGAAACCGAUGUAGGCAACUCCUUACCAAAGCGCAGUCACCCUGAGGACACAUCCCUGGUGGCCAUUCGAAAGCGCAGCCGCUCGCCGUUGUCGUCGCCAUCACCGGCGCCUCUGGUGGACGAAGCGUCCGACACAGCCACGUCUCGUUUGCUGAGGCCGCCUUCGUGGAGUUGGGUGUUUCCUGGCGUCCGCCGAGCCUUGCAGCUCUAUGUAGAGCUUGUGACGGUGCUCAUGCGGGCAGCCACCACUGUGCACACCAGUGCAUUCGCCUCUGCCACUGGCACCGAGGAGCUUCGAAGUUCAGCAGCUUUCUCCGCCUCAGUGACAUCAUCGACGACACCAUCGAUCCCCAUCUUACGACUUGGUCUGCAGAAUGCGGAGCAGCUCAUGGCGCGACUCCUCUUCACUGUCGACGCAGAAAUGCUGCAACUGACGGGGAAUACGUGGGGCAUUUCACCUGGCGCUGGCUUGCGGGAGAGCGGUAGCGCACGCGUCAUGGGCACCACGGAUUACCGAAACGGAAAGAGCCCCAGUAGCAGCGACGUCAACGAAUCCCAACCCAGGCGACAUUUUCUACUGGCGGAUCAGCUGCAGUGCUCAACCCCAGAGCAACUUCGUGGGCUAGUGCAGAUCAAGGCGGCGGCGCUGGUCACCAUGGCGCGCCACCACCUCACGCAGCUGUCUCUCGUGCGUGCGGCGCAUUACCUCCGCGAAGGGCAGCAGUUUGCGCGCAUUUUCCAUCGGCAGGCAAAGCUGACGCUGAUCCCUGAGAUGCACGUUCUGCUGGCGUGUCUCGCGACGUGUAUGAGCCUGCGGAGGCUCCCAGCUCUCACAGAGCCGCUGGCAAAGAAAGGAGACGGAAGCGAAGGCAGAGCCAACUCCGUAAGCAGCGGGGACAGGGAUGGGGAAAGCAGUACCGCGCAGGACGUGCUGUACGCCUUUGCUCAGGGAUGGCUAUCAACGGAAGGAUUCACCUCCUCCAUUCACGCCAGCAAUGACAAUGGUGUAGCGCCGUACGAGCCACACUCGCUGAGUGGGCACCACAACAACUACAUCAGCAACGGCGGCGGUGCCGCGGCCUUUGCCAUUCCUCCGCAAGAGGAAUCCACCGUGGCGCAGGACGUUGGGCUGCCGUACCUGCACCUUCUCGCUGCUGAGCGGGCCGCCUGCAUCUCCUUGCACACCCCGCCAUCUCUUUCUCUGCUCCUCUACAUCUUGAAGGCAUGGACUGUGUUUCAUCUUGUGACCGCAGGUGAAGAGCUAGUCUGGUCGGCCGUGAGCUGUGACUUCUCCUCGCUGCUCACGACGCCAUUGCAUACCCCGACGCCGCACCUGCAGCAGCAGCAGCAGUCCACGCGCAAUAUGAAUGAGUCGCCAUCGCUGUCGACAGCGAUCCCACGAUCACUGACGCUGAAAUCAGCGUCAUCGUCACCGUCGUGUUUGCCGCUCCCCUCGCCGUCCCACGCCACCACGACCCUCAACACCACUGUUGAGGAUCAGCAACGUCGCGUAGCGCGACUGGAUAGCCUAAAAACAACACCAACGAGCACCCCAACGCUGCGCAGCCGACACGCCACACUGCCGACGGAGAUGCACCGCAUUCAACUCGAGCCUGCCAUAAUGUCAGCUGACACCACCCGAGCGGCAGUGCAAGGGGUGAAAAACGAGGACAAUGACGACGAGAGCGGCGAAGCGGGGCGCUCCUUCAAGGGCAGCUCCUACAUUAGUGCAAAGGGGGCCAACGUCGGCUGUGCUGAGGAGGUCACACGCAGUCCUCAGAGCCACGGAAGUAGUGACAGAGUUGAUAAGAGUACUGUGGUCAAGUCAGAUGGCGGAAUCAGCGGUACACGCCGCGCACAAGGCAUCUACGCAAACGCCCACAACGCCUCCUCAGUGGCAACAGCAGUUCCCUGCCCCUCGGGCCCUCACGUAAGGAUGCUCCCGCAGAGUCAGAAGCACCGCGCCGGUGACGUGCUGAAACGCAUGAUCGACGUCCUCCUCGACCACUACGAGACACACGGCGUGCACGUGGCGCCCCGAGCGGCACCAGGGCCCUCGAUAACAACGGAAACUGAAAGAGUUGCCCCUCAGCGAGCCCCUGCCGCUGCGUGGACGCCGCAAAACGUCGUGCUCUUCCGCCUCCUGCGCGGAGCGGCACUUUUAUGCGAAGACAAAGAUGAACCGGCAGCAGCGCGGGAGCUCAAAGAAGCCACACACUUUGCGAAGCAACAUCUGGGCGUUCUUCACCCUUACGUAGCCGAUGGUUUGGCACUGCUGGCGAGUGCGUACACUUCGCUAGAUGUGGACGCUGUGCCGAGCGGCGAUAGUCACAGCCACGGCGAGUCUUCUGGCUCCGCCACUUCGCUGCCGCCACAGCAGGCGAUGGACGGCGCAGCCCGAACUCGCCGAGUAGCGGUGCAGGUCGCUAUGCGCUGCAGCUGCAUGGCGCUGGCCUCCCUGUACACAACAUCAACGAUCAACGGUAGCGACGGCGUCGAUGCUGCUGGAACGACAACAGCACAAGCACAGCAGCAGCAGCAGCAGCAGCAGCAGCAGACGGCUCCCUUCUCUUCUAUAGGAGCACGUCUUUGGGAAUGGUGGGGCAGCCAAGUCCUGCACGGCUUGUGUGGCGGUGCCAGUGGACACAAUUCAAAUGCCGUUCAGCAACUGCGGCUUCUCUUUGGUUGGCUCCCGGGGUCGGCGGAGUACUGUCUCUCGUAA